AUGGGGGUAUCUUAUAAUGAGGUCCGAUUAUGUUAUUUUAUUCAAAAAGAUACAAAUUCCGAAAAUGGAUGUAGUCAACAACAACAACAACAAAAGCCUUGUCCUUCAACGGGAUGUAUUGCUACCUUUAACCAAUUUCCUAGCUCACUACCUUCGUGUAAUGGAGCUUCGAAUUGUAAUAAUGAACAGCUUCCUUUAUCCAUUUCUGACGAAAAUCUUCCUUGUAUUGAUGGCUGUUCUAGUGAAACAAAUUUACAAAUAAAUUCCCCCUGUAAUCCCCCAAUAAAUUGUCACAACAAUAAUUAUUUAAAAAUCCCUCCCCUAUCUCCUUCUGAUUCUCUUCCAAUUCCUUUACCUUUCGCAACAACUUCUACAGAAUUUCCAAUAGCUGUUUCUCCAGAUAUUUUUAAUAAUAAUCAACAAGAUUAUGAAAGUUUGGAUAAUAAUGAAUUGUUGGGAACUUCUUCGCCUUUUCCAACUCUUCAAACUUCCUCCUUUUUAUUUCCUUCUCCAGUUGAAGUUUCUCCUUCUAAUAGCGUUGAGGAAAUAUUACAAGCAAGUACUUUAACGUCCACAAAUACUGAUGAAGGUACUUAA